AUGUCGGGCUACGACGACCCGUAUCGCCACCCGCGACCCGACCGCCGCGAUGAAAGUCGCUUCCACGGGGACAGGCGAGACGACCGCAGGGGACGAGGAGGCUUUCGCCGGGACGACUAUGAGCACAGGGGAUACCGCGACGACCGGGACUUUGGCGGACCUCGCGACGGGAAAGGGCGUGGAUGGGACGAGGACGAUUCGAGGGACUGGAAGCGAGGGCGCUACGAGGACUACGACCGACCGCGAGGCGACACUCGCUCCCCCCUUCCCCGAGACGACUACCGCCAGCCAGGCUAUCCCACUCCGCCUCCUCCGCCGCACGGCCAGCCAUACCCUGGUCCGUCAGCGUACCCUCAGCAAGCUCCCCACGAGGCGACGAGACCCAGCCCCGGCGCCCCUGCUCCUCGCGGCAAAGCUCCCGAACUCGAACCGCCCUCAGCCUCUGUCAUCCUCCUUGGCCUGCCAGCGCACGUUACCGACACACACCUUCGCAACUUCCUCGAGGACAUGGGCGCAUCGAUCGACUCGACCACUGUCAUCAUCGACCGCGCGACCGGCCUCUCGAAGCGCUUCGGGUUCGCCAAGUUCAGCUCGGUCGAGCACGCCCGCGCUUUCGUCGACCCCAACUUUCCCAGCAUCCCUUGGCGCGAGCGAGGUGGUCCUGGUCCCGACGACGGCAUGCGGAUCAAGAUCAACUAUAGCCAGAAGACUGGAGGAUGGCGGGAUGACCAGGGCGCAUCGGCUCGUCUAACGGAAGAUCAACGCAAGGCGGAAGGUGUCGCCGCACCAGGCUUCUACGUCAACGACGGCACGCGCGACAUCGGUUCCACGCCGAGCAACGUCAUUCUCCUGCGCGGGCUGGACCCGCUCACGAACGAAGAGGAGAUCUCGUACACCCUGUCGCGCGUAGGCGGCCGUGCCAGUCAGGAGAUCGCCAAAGGCGGCAUCAAGCGGAUCAUGAUUGUCAAGGACCGCGCAUCGAGGAGCAGCUGGGGUUUCGCGUUCGCCCAGUUCGCCGACGUCCGCCUCGCGAAGGACGUCUUGGCGGCCGCCUUCAACGCCCAGUUUCACCCAACCGGCUUCCGCAUCCGCAACAACGUCGUCGCGGCCUCCUUCUCGCACGAAAACUCGUUCGUCCCGAUCUACUCGACUUCGGCCUGGUCCUUCCGAGGCGAAGGCGGCGCGCAGCUCGCCUACUGGGACGACAAGGGCUUCGUCCAGCCGUGGACGCCGCCCUCACCGCCCAAGACGGACGAGGUCAUGCGAGGCGUGCCGAAAGCUCCGCGAGCCGUCGAGGAGGCGAAGGUUGACGCCGACAUGGCCGCCUUUUUCGAAAGCAUCGAAGCCGACAUGCCUUUGAUGGCGGGCGAGGAGUUUGCCCCUCCGCCGUCGACCGCAACCUCCACCACUACGACUACUCCAGCCGCACUGACAUCAACAGCAUCCGCUCCCGCCUCCACCGCACCCAUCUCCAUCAAGCCUAUCUCUGCUACUUCUGCUGCCAUUGCUGGGCCUUCCGUUGCGACGUCUUCUGCAUCUCCAGCCGUGUCUGCGUCUGCUGCAGCUGUUCCGCCUGCGCCUGUUGCAGCGGCUGUUCUUGGUGGCAAGGAGAAGAAGGGCGACCUCAUCAUCAGCCGCAAAGCUGCGCCGAACUUGGCCAAGUGGAACCAGAAGUCGAAGGAGCUCCGCUCCGAUGCUUCGACGGGUGCGGCUGCCGCCGCCAAGGCGUCGAGCGGCGCACCCGCUGCUGCCGAGAAGGCGAAACAACCACAAUCCGCGACGACCAGCCCGAAAUCGGCAUCGCCAGCUCCCGGCGCAACUGCCGCCUCCGUCGCUUUCGACGAUCCCGAGUUCGAGCACGGCGAUCCGGUCUCGUUCCAGUGCUUGCUGUGUCAACGACAGUUCAAGGGCAUCGACGAGCUGAGGAAGCACAACAAGCUCUCGCAGCUGCACAAGGCACGAUUCGCAGCACUCGCACGCAUUGAUCCAUGCGCGACUCGCAAGGCCGCCUCAGUCAAGAAGCACACCGCCGCCGCCGCCUCCUCAGCAGCCUCGACCUCGUCGUCCGACUCGUCCUCCAAGCCGAAGUACGUCGACCGCGCCGCCGCUCGACGAGAAGCGCUCGGCGCCUCAGACGGUCCUGAACACGGGCAAGGGAAGAAGCGGAAGUUUGAUGGGCCGGAACCGCCGAAGCCGUUGCCGCCGGGGCCGAACAAGGACGGGCUCGAAGAGAGCAAUGCCGGGCGGAAAAUGCUCGAGAAAAUGGGUUGGACGACGGGCGCCGGGCUUGGUGCGUCGGGUUCAGGCAGGGUCGAUCCCGUUCAGGCGGCUCAGUUCGCGCAGGGUGCCGGUCUCGGCUCGACGAAGGGCGUCGCUGUCGGAUCCGAGGACGGGGCGUCGAAGACCUAUGCCGACCGACUGCGGGAGAAGGCUCUUCAGCGGUAUAACAACUCGUAG